CAGACCCGCACCGCACCAACCAACCCGACGCAACCCGACCCGUCUCGGCCAACCGUGCACCUCCCGCACUCUCCCUCCCACCCACGCACGCACCCUCGCGCGCUCUCCUCCUCCACCACCACCUCACCCGUCCGGGCUCGGCGGCGUGGCUCCGCAGGAAGGGAUCGCCGGUGCGGGCGUCACCGGUGACGGGCCGUUUUGGGUAUGAGAGGGGACCUCCGCGAGGCGCCGAGCACCACCACCACCACCGCAGCAUCCAGCGUCGACGUCGGCGGCCCCAUGGACGGCCUCCUCGUCUUCGUCUUCUACCUCUCGCUUCCUAUACGUGGCGCCCGCGACCACUCCUCCUCCCUCUCCUCUAAUUGCUAGCCUCCCGCCCGGAUCGAUCUCUUUCCCACUCUGUCUCUGUUUCGAUUCGACUCGAUCCUCCUUCCCGCCGCCGCCGUCGCCGUCGCGCUGCAGCUGGGCUCGUCGGUCUGACCGAGGAUGGACCAGCCGCCGAAUGGCUUCGCCGCAGGAGGUCUCUUCGUUCAACACAUUGAUGGGCAAAAUGCUUCUCCCCCUUCUGUAAUUGUGAUUGGUGGAGGGAUUUCAGGCAUUGCAUCUGCUCGUGCAUUGUCAAAUGCUUCAUUUAAGGUCACACUGUUAGAGUCGCGGGAGCGACUUGGUGGCCGUGUGCAUACUGACUAUUCUUUUGGCUGCCCAAUUGACAUGGGAGCAUCUUGGUUGCAUGGUGUUUGCAAUGAGAAUUCUUUGGCGCCAUUGAUUAGGCUUCUUGGGCUUAGAUUAUAUCGCACCAGUGGUGAUAACUCUGUGCUUUAUGACCAUGAUUUGGAGAGCUACGCGCUCUUUGAUAAAGAUGGUCGUCAAAUUCCCCAGGAGAUAGUAACCAAAGUUGGGGAAAUAUUUGAGCAGAUUCUGAAGGAGACGGUGAAAGUUAGAGAUGAAUAUGCGAACGACAUGCCUCUUGUUCAAGCCAUCUCAAUGGUGCUUGACAGAAAUCCACAUCUAAAGCUUGAGGGUUUGCAAUAUGAAGUACUGCAGUGGUGCAUUUGUCGAUUGGAAGCAUGGUUUGCCACAGACGUGGAUAAUAUAUCUUUGAAAAAUUGGGAUCAGGAACAUGUUCUUACUGGUGGACAUGGGCUUAUGGUGAAUGGCUAUGACCCUGUUAUCAAAGCUCUCUCUCGAGAUCUUGAUGUCCACCUUAACCACAGGGUUACCAAAAUCAUCCAGCGGUAUAAUAAAGUCAUUGUAUGCGUGGAAGACGGGACAAGUUUUGUUGCAGAUGCCGCUAUCAUAACUGUCCCUCUCGGUGUACUCAAGGCAAACAUCAUCAAGUUUGAACCUGAGCUCCCAGACUGGAAACUAUCAGCAAUCUCUGAUCUUGGUGUUGGUCUCGAGAACAAGAUAGCCCUUCGGUUCAACACAAUAUUCUGGCCCAAUGUAGAGGUACUGGGCAGGGUUGCCCAAACAUCAAAUGCAUGCGGCUACUUUCUUAACCUUCACAAAGCCACAGGACAUCCAGUCCUUGUAUGCAUGGUGGCGGGCAGAUUUGCAUACGAAAUGGAGAAGCUAUCAGACGAAGAAUCCGUAAACUUUGUCAUGUCACAGCUCAGGAGAAUGCUACCAGGGGCCACCGAGCCGGUCCAGUAUCUGGUUUCACGGUGGGGAACUGACCCCAACUCCCUCGGCUCCUACUCGUGUGACUUGGUCGGAAAACCAGCUGACUUGUACGAAAGAUUCUGCGCUCCGGUGGGCAACAUGUUCUUCGCCGGGGAGGCCGCCUGCAUAGACCACUCUGGGUCUGUGCACGGGGCGUAUUCGUCAGGUAUCGACGCUGCAGAGGACUGCCGAAGGCGCCUCUCGACGCAGCUCGGUAUCUCUGACCUGUUCCAGGUCGGGAAGAUUGUGAUGAGGGAGGAGAUGACUGAAGUCAUGGUCCCCCUCCAGAUAUCCAGGCUGUGAAAGGAAGGAAGAACAAGCCUGUCUACUAUUCGACACGUGUUCUGUUAACAUCGUAGCUGUAAUUUACCUCUGAAACUGUACAAUUUCCCAGUGUCUGAUCUAUGAUGUAUCUCUGAAUAACAUGCGGACUUUCCCUCUGAUUUCA